UUUGUUAUUUUACGUUAUUUAUUUAUUGAGGAAAAAUUGAGAAAAAUGUCUUUACCUCAAAAGAAAUUUUAUCGCCAACGGGCGCAUUCAAAUCCGAUAGCUGAUCAUUGUUUCGAUUAUCCUAGAUCCCCAAAACACAUGGAUUGGACCCAGUUAUAUCCAGAUACGAAUAAAAAAGUUGAAUUUGCUGACGUUGGUUGUGGGUAUGGUGGGCUGUUAGUUACUUUAUCGCCCAUGUUUCCGGAUAACUUAAUAUUAGGAAUGGAAAUACGUGUGAAGGUGUCAGACUAUGUUAUGGACAGAAUUGCCGCUUUAAGAAAAUCGAAUCCAGGAAGUUAUAACAAUAUAGCGUGUUUACGAACAAACGCUAUGAAAUAUUUACCAAAUUACUUUUCUAAAGGCCAGUUAAAAAAAAUGUUCUUCUUAUAUCCAGACCCACAUUUUAAGAAGGCUAAACAUAAAUGGAGAAUAAUCAAUGAAAAUUUAUUAGCCGAGUAUGCAUAUGUAUUAGCUGAAGGUGGUAUGGUUUAUACUAUUACAGAUGUUAAAGAUUUACAUGAAUGGAUGGUAAAACACUUUGUUCAGCACCCAUUAUUCGAACAAAUUUCAAAUGAAGAUUUAAAAGAAGAUCUUAUUGUAGAUAAACUGUAUGAAAGUUCUGAAGAAGGGCAAAAAGUAACAAGAAACAAUGGUGAUAAAUAUUUAGCUGUAUUUAAACGAAUACCUGAUACAUUUCAAUAAUUACAAUUUAAAAUAAUCAAGUCCAAAAGUGGAGGAGUACACCGCCGUUUGUGAUAAUAAAGAUGAUCUACGAUUUUGUUUCAAUGAUAGUUCUUCUAUAAUUAAUACAAAUAUUUAAUAAAUUGUUUUUUUUUUAUUAUAUAUAUACGCUUAUUCAAGAUAAUAAAAGAUACCUGGAUUUGUAA